AAUAUCUUUUCUCAUAAUUUUGCUGAAUAUUACAAAGAAAUGUUAUAAAUUAAAAAAGUUGUCCUUAUAACUGGUUCAAACAAAGGUUUAGGUUUCGGCCUAGUUGAAGAUAUUCUAAGCAAAAACUCAUCAUAAUUUAGAGUUAUUAUGACAGCAAGAGACUAGCUUAGAGGAGAAGAGGCUUUCUAAAAAAUCAAGGCCAAGUACCCUGCAGAAGAAGUAGACUUUCAUCUUUUAGACAUUGAAGAUGAACAAUCAAGAAUAAAUAUUGUAAAAUAUAUUGCUGAAAAAUAUGGAAAAAUCGAUAUUUUAGUUAAUAAUGCUGCUUAUUUACUCACUCACGAUUUAUUCAAUUAACCUGAAGGUUAUUAACCCUCUGUUGAGACAGCAAAAAGGACAUUUUCAAUCAAUUUGUUUGGAACAAUCUCGAUGACUCAAUAGAUUAUCCCUUACCUUGCAGACGAUGGAAAAAUACUUCAAAUUUCUUCAAGAGCAGGUUAAAUUAGUAGAUAACCUUAACAAACAUAGCAAAUUCUUAGUAAUUCAGAAGGAUUUUCUGUACAAAAAAUAACUGAACUUGCUGAAGACUUCUACAAGUAAUGUGAAAAUAAAAUCUAGCCUUAAGAUUAAAGAUGGUCUUUUAGUGCUUAUGAAGUGUCUAAGUGCCUAUUAAACGCUUUUACCAGACAUGUUGGAUUAAGCUUGUUAAAAUAAAACUAAUCAAUGUAUAACAUCACUCCUGGAUGGGUCAAGACAGAUAUGGGUACAGACAAUGCACCAAGAACUGUUGAAGAAGGAAAUGAUACUUCAUAUUAUUUGAUUUCAACUGUUCCUUUUGGUAGAAACGAUAAUCUUAAUUGUAAGUUUAUUGGUGAUAGAAAUGUUAUUGAUUGGUGA